AUGAGCCUUUCUGAUCGCCCAUUGACCCCGUCCAGGAAAAUUAUAGGUCUUCUUGAGAACGAAGGAGUGGAAUGGUGGAGGUCCCUGGGGUCGAAAGAAUUCGCUCCCUUGCUUUUCUUUGGUAAAAUGGAGCCUGGAAAAUUGAGCAACGGAAGCUAUGCAUGUUUCUCGAACCAUAAGAACACGGAGAACAAAAGAGCAUUUUUAUCACAAAGCCAAGCAAAGCAUGGCUUGCAGAAUUUUUCCUUUUACCAAGCACCAGAAACCAUGGGAAACAUAAAUGGUGCUUUUUACAUGCCUCAUCAUCAUUAUAGCUCACAACACAGUCUCAGUCCUGAAAGAAUUAUUAACCAUAAGUUAUUGGGAUCUAUUCCUGAAUCUGUGACGAUUGUGGAAGUCGGUCCAAGGGAUGGGCUGCAAAAUGAGAAGGAGAUUGUGCCGACUGCGGUGAAGGUUGAACUAAUAAAGAUGCUAGUUUCUUCAGGGUUGCCUGUUGUCGAAGCUACUAGUUUUGUCUCGCCAAAAUGGAUACCACAAUUAGCUGAUGCAAAGGACGUAGUCUCUGCAAUUCAAGGUAUUGUGGGUUCUAGAUGUCCUGUUUUGACACCAAAUCUUAAAGGGUUUGAGGCUGCUGUUUCGGCUGGAGCAAAGGAAGUGGCCAUCUUUGCUGCAGCUUCUGAGUCCUUUUCCCAGUCAAACAUCAAUUGCAGCAUUAAAGAUAGCCUUGCUCGUUACCGCGAUGUUGCCCUAGCAGCAAGUAAUCUCUCGAUUCCUAUUCGUGGAUACAUAUCAUGUGUUGUGGGUUGUCCAGUGGAAGGAGCAAUACCUCCAUCGCAAGUGGUGUAUGUCGCACAAGAACUUCUUAAUAUGGGUUGCACUGAAAUUUCCCUUGGUGACACGAUUGGGGUUGGUACUCCUGGGACUGUCAUUCCAAUGCUUCAAGCUGUUCUUGAAGUUGUCCCCAUAGAGAAACUUGCUGUUCAUUUUCACGAUACUUAUGGACAAGCUCUUUCAAAUAUUCUUAUAUCACUCCAAAUGGGUAUCAGGACAAUCGAUUCUUCUGUGUCGGGCUUAGGCGGUUGCCCAUACGCCAAAGGUGCUUCUGGAAAUGUUGCGACUGAGGAUGUUGUUUACAUGCUAAAUGGACUAGGAGUGAAGACAAAUGUGGAUCUCAGAAAGCUCAUCUACUGCCUCCAAACUUUGAGCACAGGUGUUUUUGUUAAAUGCAAUGGCAUAGUUAAGAACAUGUUGGUGGUUGGAAGAAUGGUGGUUUUUAUGGCUCUUCUGCACUCAAUUCUGGCAAUUUAUUGCCAUCUUUAA